AUGGUCGUCACACGACGGGCACCUGCACCUCCUCUACCUGCCUCGCGUGCACAAUCAGCUCAACACGUCCCUCGAAUCAAAGGCAAGGCACUGCCUAUAGUGCCUGAUGCAUCCAGUCCCCUAGUGAAUGGAAAGAACCCCGAGGAUUCUGAUGAACAACAUGAACGCUCAGACGAGACAGGACAGCUUGGGUCGGAUUCAGCAGUAAAGGAAUCUAAAUCAAAGGCGCAGCUAAAAUCAAAGAAAGCCAAAAAGAAACCGGCUCAUACGGCCGGGUUUCUUGACCUUCUGUCUAAAGUACUUCUUCUUUGGCUGUUCGUCUACGCGCUUGUUGUGUGCCCGGAUGCACAACACAAAUCAUUGCUCUGCCGAGGUAUUGCAGAGUACCGGCGACUUGUCCUUGAUUCCUACGUUUUUCCUCCAUUACAACUAGUCCUAGCCCAUCCUUCCGUGGCACCAUAUGUGGAAAGGGCUAGACCUUAUACGAACCGCGCAAUUGCCAUGGCGAAACCGAUCGCGCGGCGAACAUCGCGCGAAUGGAAUGCCCGCGUAGUUCCCCAAUGGAACAAGCGCGUUGUACCCCUCUGGAGGACGUAUGCGCUUCCGCAGGUCGAGCGCCUGGAUAUGCACGUCGCCCCGUAUCGUGCACGUGUGGUCGAUCAAUACCAGCGCCGGGUUGAACCUUGUAUACAACAGGUGAGCCCCUAUGUCACACGAACGGUCCAUACGCUGCGCCGAUGGCAACAUGGGGCACGUCCGUAUAUCGUACUUACAGUGCACAAGACAUACGACGGGUAUCAGCGCGUCUCGCCGUACGCCAAACCUGUGUGGGAUCAAUUCAAGUCACUCGUAAAACAGCUUAUUGCUGGGCUGACUAGGCAGCGACAACAAUUUGUUGAUCCACAUGUGCAGAAGAUUUGGGAGCGCGUCAAGGAGCUGAGCAGUGGCAAGUCGAGAAUAUCCUCCGUCGCAGGCCCUCGAGACUAUAUCACUAUACGGGGUUCCAAUGCCGAAUCAGAAGCAACAUCUGUACGGUCUACCUCCGUGUCUGUGUCUUUGGGUUCGGCUUCCCCGCCAGCUUCCAGUGUGUUUGACAACACAGAGUUCCUGAAUGUGGUACCAGUGUCAAAAUCGCUUCCGUCAUACAUCGAGUCCGCGUUUCCCACUUUUUCUCCCUCUGAGGUCGAGGAAGUCGCGACAUCUGUGGUGUCGGAGUUGUUGUAUCCCGCUCGUGACACCGCCUCCUCACUUCUCACGGACACCACGACUUCAGUUUCACCCACAUCAUCAUUUUCCGGCAGUUCUUUCCUUCGGGAGACUGGCAUCUGGUCAGCAUCUCCUUCCGCAGCCGAUAUGUCCUCGUCCGCUUCAUUUUUAGCUUCACCGAUCACGGAGCAAUCCUCGAUAGCGAUCAGCCUAGGAGGCGCAGCACCCUCUCUGUCAUCCAGUGUGAGCACUGUUGCUGGUCAACCCGCAGCAUCGGUAACCUUGGUUGCAACUCCCCUGGGCUCUGCUGUAUCAGAUGACGAUACAGACGUCGACCUAGACGCAUUCUACGCAGAACUAGGACUUCAGGAUGUCAUUGCAGACGCGACGCGCUCCGAUGCCGAAGCCCCACCUCGGCCCUCGGUCAAAGCAGAAUCAGAUGGGGAGAAAGCGGAACGACUGCGGAUACGCGCAAAAAAGAUGGCCGACAAGCGGGCAGAUAUAAUGGCUCGUCACCAGAAAUGGGAAGGGGAACUGGCCGCCCAGAUACAGGCGAGUACGGAUUCCUUGCGGCAGGCACUAUUGGCUCUCAGAAAGGAUGCAGCCCUGGAGUUAAAGGAUUCAUAUGAGAUUCGUGCGGAAGUUGAGAACCUAGUGGAGGAGGCGGAGAAGUACCUACGAGGAGCGGAAAAAUAUCUGCAAACACUAAGAUAUGAGUCGAGGACUGACGAGGAGAAGCACAAUGUGUGGGAGCGCGUCACUGACAAAGUCGACGAGAAGUUCGCAGAAAGAUUGGGCCAAACAGAGGCAGUUGUGAAUGGCUGGUUUAUGACAGUAGUAGACAAAGAACUGGCCGAAGUGCGCAAGGUCGCUGCUGCGGUCAAGGAUAUCGCUGAUAGAGGUCAAACUGAUAUCGGAAUGGAUUAUGCAUAUCUGGACGACGUCACAUAUCAAGAUUGGGAGAGAUAUCACGACCUACUGAAAAAGAGUGGCGAUUUUGCGGACCUCGCACACGCGAUCCAGAAUGGCACUGAUUCCUCUCCAGUACUCAAUCCAGUUGUCACGGAGAUAGAAGACCUGCAAGCUGAAGUUCAAGACGUCGUUGUAGGGUUUGAAACUCGUCUCCGCCGCAUCAAACGUAACGGCGAACGUACACUGAGCGGUAGUGGACCUGAGGUGACCGCCGAACCUGAGAACGAAUCUGCUUCAAUCUUACCGAUCGAGGAUGCGGAGAAGACACAAGCUCCCACAGACGUCAACAUACCUCCGGUAGUUAUUGGCAGAAGCAAGGAAGAGAUUUUGGGUGCAUUCGAUCGUGCUGCUGAACAAGCAGGCCAAGCGACAUCCCCGCAAGACGCUAGCUUACGGGACGUAAACGCAGCUAUUAGUGGCAUUGCCGAGCAGGUCACAGGCGAAACCCAUCCAUCUAGGUUCCAACACCAUCAAGAGCUGUAA